AUGUAUAUCCCGGUUCGGGAAACUCAAUCCCACGCGGCCGGGCAGGAGGCACAUAAUCGCUCUGGAGGAUUGGAAUACUCGCCGCCAUGGGUUGCGGAAUUGCUUCACGAGGCUCGCCGGCGGCUCGACAUUGGUGCUGCUCUUCGAAAGAGGCAAUUCUCUAGUGGCGCCGCCGACGCGACCAAUGUUCAAAUCGGCAUCGCUCUAGGAGUCAUUCUGGGCGUCUUCCUCAUAGCUACUGGUGCUUUUCUUUACAUGUAUCGAUCCUCCGUCCGCUUUACCUAUCGGAAGCAUCGCCGCCAUCACUCCAAGUCGUCCAGGAGCUCGUCCAAGAGCGCGGAAUCAACACCGCCGCCGGCCCCGGCGCCUCCUCCUCCUCCUGCACCAGAGGCAGAGCCACCCAAGUAG